AUGUCUCAUUCGAAUAUUACUCACGGAAUGUCUCAUGUCGAUACCAAUGCUGAAGGCAAACCAUAUCAUGAACAUGCAGAUAAGAAGGCUCACAAGGAAGCUCAUCCACGUACACAAUCCGAGAAACACAAUCUUAAUCCAUCUGAUGAUAAAGAUUUUGUUCCACAGGCUGGUCAUGAAAAUCAGCAUACAAAGGAUAGCAAAGGUAGUACAGAUAGUAGUACAAGUGAACAUGGCGAUCAUAAGAAAUUAACAAAUGGUAUUUCACCAGCUGUUGACCAAGUCCAUCGUUCCAAUUCCAUGUCAUUAACAACAACAGAAAAUGUUCAAACAGUUAUUCUUGAAUUAAUACCAAGUUUAGCAGUGGCAUAUAUUCCUGGUUUUUCAGCUUAUAGAGUUUUUACGUGUAUUCGGUAUAUUGAUUUUCUUCAUGGUGAACCACAUGUUGCUGGAUUUUUAUUAGCUAUUAUUAAAAAAAUCGAAAAAGUACUACAAAGAAAUGAAAAUUUUGAUUAUUCAAUCUUAUGA